AUGAUGGGCGCCAAAGGCAUCGCGAACCCGGCUUUCGUCCCGUCCAGCCCGGACACCCCGCGCCACUUGUCUGCCUCGCCCUCCCAGGUCCAGGUCUCCGCCCCGUCGUCCGACCCCCGGGGGGAGAAUUCGGAGCCUCAGGAGCCCCAGAAGCCGUCGGAGCCACCUCUACCUCCAGCCGCUCCUCCUGCGUCCCCAGAGCGGCCCGGGCCGCCGUCGCUGUCCGAGCUCGAGGAGGGGCCUUGCGGGUGGAGGAACUUCCACCCCCGGUGUCUCCAGCGCUGCAACACGCCCCGAGGGUUUCUGCUGCACUACUGCCUCUUGGCCCUCACGCAGGGUAUCGUAGUUAAUGGCCUAGUAAAUAUUAGCAUUUCCACUCUUGAGAAGCGUUAUGAAAUGAAGAGUUCCCUGACUGGCCUGAUUUCAUCAAGCUAUGACAUUUCAUUCUGUGUAUUGUCUUUAUUUGUAUCAUUCUUUGGUGAAAGAGGACACAAGCCAAGAUGGCUGGCAUUUGCGUCCUUCAUGAUAGGACUGGGAGCACUUGUGUUUUCGUUGCCACAAUUUUUCAGUGGAGAAUACCAACUGGGGUCCAUUUUUGAAGAUACUUGCUUAACAAGGAAUAGCACCAGUUGUAUCUCUUCGAGUUCCUCACUUCCUAACUACUUGUAUGUCUUCAUCUUGGGACAACUGCUGCUGGGGACAGGAGGCACUCCUCUUUAUACCCUGGGAACAGCCUUUCUUGAUGACUCUGUGCCCACACACAAGGCUUCUCUCUAUAUAGGAAUUGGCUAUUCUAUGUCAAUCUUAGGCCCUGCUAUUGGCUAUGUGCUAGGAGGACAACUGCUAACCUUGUACAUUGAUGUUGCUUUUGGACAAAGCACUGACAUCACUGAGGAUGAUCCACGAUGGCUGGGGGCUUGGUGGAUUGGAUUUCUUCUAUCAUGGAUCUUUGCUUGGUCUUUGAUAAUACCUUUUUCUUGUUUUCCAAAACAUUUACCAGGUACAGCAAAAAUUCAAGCUGGAAAAACCUCUCAGACUCAUAAGGAUAAGAGUAGUUCCUUGCAGCAUGAAGAUGAGAAAUUUGGGAAAAGUAUUAAAGAUUUUCCAGCUGCUCUAAAGAAUUUGAUGAAGAAUACUGUCUUUAUGUGUUUAGUUCUAUCAACUUCUUCCGAAGCCUUAGUUACUACUGGGUUUGCUACAUUUUUACCUAAAUAUAUAGAAAAUCAGUUUGGAUUGACAUCCAGCUUUGCAGCUACUCUUGGAGGGGCUAUUUUAAUUCCUGGAGCGGCACUUGGUCAGAUUUUAGGUGGUGUCCUUGUUUCAAAAUUCAAAAUGACAUGUAAAAAUACAAUGAAGUUUGCACUAUUCACUUCUGGAACUGCGUUUGUGCUGAGUUUUGUAUUUAUUUAUGCCAAUUGUGAAAAUGAGUCAUUUGCUGGUGUGUCUGAAUCAUAUCAUGGAACUGGAGAACUGGGAAACUUGACAGCCUCCUGUAAUGCAGAUUGUAACUGUUUGAGAUCAUAUUAUUAUCCUGUCUGUGGAGGAGAUGGAGUUCAAUAUUUUUCUCCCUGCUUUGCAGGUUGUUCAAACUCAGUUUCAAAAAGCAAACCAAAGAAAUAUUACAACUGUUCCUGUGUUGAAAGGAAAACAGAAAUAACAUCAACUGCAGAAAAUUUUAGUUUUGAAGCUAAAGCUGGAAAAUGUGAAACUCGAUGUGCAAACUUGCCCAUAUUUCUUAGCAUUUUCUUUGCUACAGUUAUUUUUACCUUUAUGGCUGGUACUCCUAUAACUGUGUCCAUCCUAAGGUGUGUAAAUCAAAAGCAACGGUCUCUAGCAUUGGGAAUACAGUUUAUGUUGCUUCGAUUAUUGGGCACAAUUCCUGGGCCAAUUAUAUUUGGCACCACAAUAGACAGCACAUGUAUUCUCUGGGAUAUUAAUGAAUGUGGAAUUAAAGGAGCUUGCUGGAUUUAUGAUAAUAUCAAGAUGGCCUAUAUGCUAGUAGCCAUAAGUGUUACUUGUAAAAUUAUCACCAUUUUCUUCAAUGGACUUGCAAUCUUUUUGUAUAAACCACCACCAUCAGGCACCGAUGUAUCAUUUCAAAAUCAGAAUGAAGUUGUGACAACUGUUUCAGUAGAAGAGGAUUUCAGCAAAAUUGGAAAAGAAGGAUAAAAUGGCACAAGAGGAGACUGUUUACAGCUGAAAAAUUUACCUACAUUUUUAAGAACAUACAUUACCAUGGCAGCAUUAUCUACCCAAUAUAGACAAUCAUAUUUCAAAAAUUGAUGUUUUACAAUCAAAUGUAUUUUUUUAACCACAUAUAUGGACUCUUACUUGUUUUUGUUUUGUUCAAGAAACAGACCUGUGCCUUCAAAGCCCACCAAAAUCCUCA